AUUUGAACACGUAUUAAUAAAAAAAAUUCAAUAAGUUUUUAAAAAUUGUACAAUGUACUUAAAAAAUUUGAUAAUUUUUCUAUUAGUUACAUUUUGCUACAAUAUAAAAUUCAGCGAUGAAGCCAAAAAAAUUGAAGAAACUAAUAAUUCUCAAGAUUAUGUUAUUGAUAUUAAUAAAUUGAUUGAAAAGUUGAACAAUGAUGUAAUGUAUUUUAGUACAACAAACAAUACAACACAACUUUUUGAAAAAUUGAAUGAUCUAGUGUAUAAUUUAAUACAUGUUACACCAGAUAAUUGGAUAGCAGUUUCAGACAUCGAAAAAAAUUUAACCUUUUUGAAGGAAAAAAAAUAUUUAAACAUUUUUAAAAAUGUAUUAUUGACUUAUUAUAGAGAAAACCUACAAAUAAAACAUUCGGAAUUGGGAUUAUUACUACAAAGUACAUAUGAGGCAGAUCCGACAUCUAUAGUAAACGAGUCCGAUUAAUAAAUAUUUUGUUCUCUAAAAAUAUUCAUAAUUAAAAAAUAUGAAUAAACAAAAAACCUGUGUGUUGAUUUA